ACAAGAUGCGCACAGAGCUUGAGAUCCCCUUACAUAAUUGUGGGCCAUGAAUUUCGCCGGCAAAAUCGUUCUAAUUACGGGAGCAAGCUCCGGAAUUGGUGCUGCAACAGCCGUAAAGUUUGCCAAGUACGGAGCUUGCCUGGCGCUGAAUGGACGCAAUGUAAAAAACCUUAAGAAGGUGGCCGAUGAGUGCAGCAAUGUGAGUCAAUCCCAGCCAGCGCUUGUGAUGGGCGACAUCGCUAAUGAGGCGGAUACUCAAAGGAUCUGGAAAGAGACCUUAGAGAAGUACGGAAAGCUGGACGUGCUGGUCAACAAUGCCGGAAUUAUCGAGACAGGCACCAUUGAGACUACCAGUUUGCAGCAGUACGAUCGUGUUAUGAAUACCAACCUGAGAGCGAUCUACCACUUGACUAUGCUUGCUACUCCGGAGCUAGUGAAGACUAAGGGAAACAUUGUGAACGUGUCCAGUGUCAACGGUAUACGUUCCUUUCCCGGUGUCCUGGCCUAUAACAUAUCCAAAAUGGGCGUGGAUCAGUUCACCCGCUGCGUGGCCCUGGAGCUGGCAUCCAAGGGUGUUCGGGUCAACUGUGUCAAUCCUGGCGUGACAGUGACAAAUUUGCAUGCCCGCGGUGGCAUGGAUCCGGAGACGUACAAAAAGUUCCUAGAACAUUCAAAAACCACCCAUGCCUUGGGUCGUCCUGGGGAUGUCGAGGAGGUGGCUGCGGCCAUUGCCUUCCUGGCCAGCGAUGCUGCCAGCUUUAGCACUGGGGUCAGCCUGCCUGUGGACGGAGGUCGCCAUGCUAUGUGCCCACGUUAAUUCUGUGAAGUGAAAAAUCCAAAAGGACUCUUAAGAGGUGGAAUUUUAAAUAGUCCUCGGCAUGGAUCAUUCCAUGCGUAAAUGCAUUUAAAUCGUUGUUAUUAUUUUUAUUUUUAAUUUUUUUAUGCUUUGCUUGUGUAUACAAUUGAUUGCCAUUUACCCAGAAUGGAAAAAUAAUAAAUAUUUUAAAUCACUUAA